AUGUUUGGAACGGGUGCAUUUAAUCAAAUUCCAAUGGGUUUUCAAUAUCCUGGACAACAACAACAACCACCACCAACAUCCAUCUAUCCAUCACAAUAUAAUGGAUAUAAUCGACAAAUGCCAUUACCUUAUCAACAAACUCCAAUGUCACGUGGACAAUCAUUGCCACGUGGACAAUCAUUACCAGCAUCGAUUAGACAAAAUCAACCAUCAAAUAGACAGUUUCCGCCAUCGACUAGAUUAAAUCCACCAUCUAAUGGUGUUUAUGUUUCAAAACCAUCUCGACAAUAUGAACAAUAUCCUGUUGCAGUUCCAGUUCAUCAGCAUGAAUAUCGUAAUAAUUAUGCACCACCACCACCAUCAAAUAAACAUCAUCAUAAAAAUCGAAAUAUUACUUCGAAUGGUGUAAUUGAUCAAUGUUUACCUCCAGAUCAAGAAAAAUCUCAUAAAAAACAUCCAAAAGAACCUAGUCAAAAUCAAUCACCUAUAUUAGAAAAUCAGUCAAAACAAGAUGAAAUAAUUCCUAAUCAAGAAGAACAAUAUCAAUCAAUGGAAAAUACAACUCAUGAUAGUAAAUCUCAAGAUAAUACAAAUGAUAUAGAUGAACAACAAAAUAAUAAUUCUGAAGAAAAAAAAAAUCGUAAAUCACGUUCAAAAAAAAAACAUCAACAUGAUCAUUUAGAACAUAAUAAUGGUGAUAAUACUCAUAUUCAACAACAAACAAAUUUCUUAGGCGAAUUACCACCACAUUUAAAAGUUCAUCAACAACCACUUUAUAAUAGUUAUAAUCAAGUUUAUGAAGAAUCUAUUCUACGUGGUGAUCUUUAUCAAAAACAAGCUAAACGUUCAACACGUUUACCACCUGAAGCUAAACAAAAAUUAUUACCACAUGAAGAUGAUAAAAAAAAUCCAUAUCCAUUAGUUGGAUAUUUUCCACAAUCUCAUAUUGAUAUUCAACCAUUAUUAAAUCCUUAUCAAUCAUAUAAUGUUCGAUCGAAUUUUUAUGGUCAAACAGUUCCUUAUAAUUCACGUCAAGCAUGGACAAAUAUGAAUGGUAUGAAUAUAUCCGAUGAACAAAAAAUUGAUAGUUUACGUAAUCAUAUACAUACAUUAGAACAUGAAUUACAUAGAUUACAAAAAAAAUUAUAUAAAGCAACAUUACAAUAUAAUGAAACAUCAAAUAAACAAAAUGAUAAUAAUCAUAAACAACGACGAUCAAAACGUGAUAUUAUUCCAUCACCAAGAGAAACACCUGUUAUUGUUGAAUUAAAUAAUAUACAUAAUCAAAAUGGUCAUGAACCAUCAUCAUUAUCAAAAAAAAAACGAAAUCAAAUUGAAAAUGAUCAAAAUUUACAACAAGAACAAAAUUUUAUUCAACAACCAAAUGAAAUAUUUGAACAAAAUAUAACAUUAAUCAAUAAUUCUGUACGUAAUCAAAGUCCAAAUAAAAAAGAAAUUGAUUCUCAUGAAAGUACAAAUUCAAAUGAUAAUCCAAUAUUAGAAAAUGAAGGUAAAAUUUCAUCAAUAAUUAAAAAUUCACGUGAAGAAACAGCUGCACGAUUAGCACAUGCAGCUGCAGCACAUGUUAAUGCUCGUCAACAAUAUCCACCACCUCCACCACCUAAACAACAAAAUGGUAUUUUACCAAAACAAGAACAACAACAAAUUCGUGGUCAAGUUCAAUUUUUACCUGUUAAUGGUACUAUUCAUCAGUUAAAUGAUUCACAACAACGUAAUAUGACAAAUAUAACUUAUAAUCCAUCAAAUAAUAAUGAAAUAUUAAAUAAUAAGAAUAAUAAUGAAGCAUAUCCACAUAUGCGUACAGUUGAAAAAAUUCUUGAUGCAUUUGAACGUGUUUAUAUGAAAGAUCGAACAUCAGCAAUAACUCCAGUAAAAGUUAAAUAUAUACCUGAACUACAUGAGUCCAAUUGGCCUGCUCAACGAAAUAAAAAUAAUAAUAAUCAAUAUAGAUCAGAAAGUCAAAUUAGUCAAAGUUCAUCAUCAUCAACUUGGUCAAAUACAUCAGAUGAAUUAUCUUCAGGAGAUCUUCAACAAAUACAAGUAAUUAACAGAAAUGGAAUGAAAAGCUUUCGUUAUCCUUGA